AUGCUCGACAUGGUUCACAUUGAUGAGAAGUGGUUUUUUUUCACCCAAGUGAACCGGAAGUACUACCUGUGGAAGGACGAGCCUCACGUCCAAGGGGGGAUCCUCGACGACGAACGACGUGGGAUGGAAUGA